AGAAAUAAUAAAGUUUGAAGAGGAGCAUGAUGGGAGACGCUGAAGAGGGUGCUUUUUGGCAGGCAGGACCCUCCCCUGCCCCAGUUUCGUUCAGCUUCAUUCGCACGGCUGCCCAGAGACGGCUGGCAGACCCGGGAGAUGGCCGGGGUGCGGCUCCCAAAGAGAAGGGUUUCUUGAAGAUUGUGGAAGGAAGGAAACGGCAGAGUGUCAAUCCCUCAGAAGCCCCCAAGGAACUCGUCAUCCCUUUGAUUCACAAUGGCCCUGGAAGGCUGCCACCAACCCAGGCUCCCGGCCCAUCUGCUGAGGCCAUGGUGGAUGGGGUGCUGUCCCAGGCUGUGAAGGAGCUCACUGAGGAAUCCAAGAAGUCUCUGGAUGAGAAAGAGCAUGAGGGUGUUGACCCCGCACUCCCCAUCUCCAUGAUCCCGAACAGAUGCAUACCCAAUGAGGAAGGGGCAGACAGGAAACCCUGGGCCAAGACAGCACCCAGAGAGGCAGAUUAUGAGGCCGUCCCUGUGGAGGCCGGUGGGCUGGCCAUGUUGCAGGGCAUGGGCUGGAAGCCUGGCCAGGGCAUCGGCCGCACCUUCAGUGAAGCGGUGAAGCUCCGUGUCAACACACUGAGGCCUAAAGGGUUAGGACGAGGCACCAACCAGAUGGAGCUCCAGGCCCUGGCCCUCACCAGCCCCCUCCGCCUGCUGAGGCCAGAUGCGGAACACGGGAAGGAUAAGGAAGACCAGCCUCAAGGACUGGCCCCCAGAGGAGCUGUGGUGGUUCUUUCUGGCCCUCACCGAGGCCUCCAUGGUAAGGUGGAAGGCCUCGAUCCUGACAAUGUUCGGGCCGUUGUUUGUUUGGUCAUGGGGAACUGCCUGGUCACUCCAAACCGGCUAUGGCUGAAUGAGUACUUUUUAAGGACUGUUUCCCAGCAGGAAUUUGAUAAGAACUCCUUGGAUCUCAGCCAGGUGAGCAAGGCUUCUCCAGGGGGAACAGCCUUGUCCUGGGAGACCUUCCAGGAUGAAGACCUCCCCACCCAGCGGGGAGCAGAAGAGAGGAAGAGGAAACACCUUCCGUGCCGACAAGAGGAGCUUACAUCCAAGAGGGAGAAAGCAGCCUCCAGGAGGCAGCACUGGUUGCACAGGGACCUGCGUGUGCGGUUCGUGGACAAACUGCACAAAUAUAACACCAAGAUGACCAUUGAAGACGUUUUCAGUCCAGAUACUUGUAUGUGUCAGACAGAUGAAGGCCAGGUCCUGGAAGGCGUCAGGGAAGACAUGCUGGAGACCCUUGUCCCCAAGGUCCAGGGCCGCCGAGUGAUGGUGGUGCUGGGGCCCCAGGCUGGGAGGGUGGGCCACCUGCUGCGCUGGGACAGAGAGCAGAGCCAGGCCGUGGUUCACCUGCGGAGAGAGAACCAGCUGGUGGGGCUUCACUAGGAUGCUGUCUGCGAGUACAUGGGUCCCCGGGACUCGGACGAAGACUGACCCAUGGGUUCACUCCAUUCCCCAGGCAGUUACCAGUCGGUGCUGUGAAAAGCCUGUCUUUGGAAGGUGGGGAGGUCAUUGUUCCAUCCUGCACUUGCAGGUGCUGCCCUGGAUGGUACAAAAUGGAUAGGCCAGAAGGGAGGCUAGAAGCAAACCUAGUAUUUACCAGCAUUACUAUAAAAUAAAAAGCAUUUAAAAAAU